AUGGCGUCCUCUGGAGAGGCAGAGCAACGACUGCUCCAAGAAGACCACGGCGAAGGGAGAAUAGAGAUGGAGUUGAUGGAUGCAACGGAAAGCUCACACAUUUCAGAUCGCGAGCAUGGCACUAUUUGCGGACUGCUCUACAUUUCGCAUUUCCUCUCGGCGUGGAACUCUCGGGUUUUCGAAUUCGGCGCCUUCCUCUUCCUCGCCAACAUCUAUCCUCAGACGCUUCUUCCCGCGUCAGUUUAUGCGUUGGCCAGGGCAGCCUCAGCGGCACUACUCUCGCCAAUGCUGGGCUCCUACCUUGACAGGACGAAUCGUUUGCACGCGGUUCGACUAUCGAUAGGCAAGCUUCGGAAUUCACCACCUUCAACGAAGCAGCUCUUCUGACUCUCUCGGCAGUGAGCCAACGAGUUGCUGUCGCAAUUUCAUGCAUCUUGUUGUUCUUGAUGGCAGAAUAUUCGUACCUUCGAGAAGGCAUCUUGACAUAUGUUGGAUGUCUUUCAGCCCUCUCGCUUCUUGCCUGCGUAGAGAAGCUCGGGUCCGUGUUGAACACCAUCUCGGUGGAGAGAGAUUGGGUCGUCACUGUGGCCUGUGGUCACGAACAGCGAUUGCAGUGUAAGACCCUGUGACCUGGCCUGGCUCCUAAGAGCGGAAUCCUCAUACUAACAAUUGGAGAAGCGCUGAAUUCGCGAAUGCGCCGCAUUGACCUCUUUUGUAAACUUAUUGGUCCUCUGACAGUUGCGCUCGUCGACAGUGCGUCGCCCAAGAUUGCAGUUGCGAUAACAGGUGGAAUGACAGUAGCUUCUGUGUAUCUUGAAUAUCACUCGAUUGCACGAGUGUACAACGCUGUCCCGGAAUUGAAGCGUCCCAAGGAGGUCAAGCACCAAGGCUUUUCUCGAUCAACGGGCUUCUGGACUCGAGCCAAAGCAACAAUGUCUGGUGCAGCGAUUUACGCUCGACAUCAGGCGUUCUUGCCGUCCUUUUCGCUUGCUCUACUCUAUCUCACUGUUUUAUCGUUUGCUGGUCAAAUGAUCACCUACCUGGUCGCCCUUGGUCUGUCAUCAAGCCUGAUUGGCGUGCUUCGCGGAAUCUCGGCUCUGUUUGAAAUCUCAGCGACCUGGAUAGGACCACGAGUCAUGGAUCGUAUUGGACCGAUCCGAGGAGGUAUCUGGUUCAUCAAUUGGCAGAUCAUGUGUGUCGCAAUCGCGUGCGUCUUCCUCUGGGUGGAUUCGCAUCCCAAAGUCGCGGCCUUUGGAACUGUCUGUGCUGUGAUUGCAAGUAGGGUUGGCCUCUGGGGAUUUGAUCUGAGUGCUCAGAUCAUUGUACAAGAAGUAAGCCCAAGUCGCGUUAUCACGGUCUAUGUUGGAUUCUGGUCACCCGGGAUUCUGCUGACGUCCUGUUAGGAAGUCGAGUCUGAACAUCGCGGCACGUUUUCUUCACAAGAGUUUGCACUGCAGAAUAUAUUCGAAAUGCUUGCAUUCGCCUCGACGAUCAUGUUUCCCCGGCCAGAUCAAUUCAGAUAUCCAGCGACCAUCAGCGCUGCGGCCGUUACUCUGGCGGGUGUGCUUUACGCUCUGUUUGUUCGCAGCAGGCGAGGCCAUCUGGUCCACUUCUCGUCGUGUGCAGACCGGCAUGGAAGGAGGAAAGACCAUCAUCAUUGGUGGAUGCGGAUAUCCAAUCGAGACUCGAGCGACACUGGGCUAUGA